AUGGGGAUGACAAAAGCUCAAACUUCUCUCUUCCUCGCUAUCUUCUUUGCUACUAUAAUACUCUGCGCUGUCGUCAUUUGUACUUGCUUCUACUGUUAUAAACCGAGCUUCUUCCUUGGUGGUCGACGGAGUAAACCGCCAACGGAUUCUUCAGACAGCUACAGCAGCAGCGAUAGUGGUGGUAGUAGCGAAGACGUCGAAAAAGCACCUCGUGGAAGGGUAGUUGGGUUAACAACUGAAACGGCGGCAAGACAUCCGUCGGACCAUUCAGACUACGAGGCCGAGGAAAUAGAAGUUCUCGAAGUAGAACCUGAGGACGACCACGGCCAUCAUCAUCAUCAUCACAUCCACGGCGAGCACAUCGACAUCAUCGACGCUAAUCCUCAUUAG